CCCAGCCAAAAUACGGAGUAAGCAAACAGUCUCUGCUACUUACUGUCUGUGUGACCUUAGCUGGAGUGUCUCUGCCCACUGUGGAGGAGACUGCAGUGGAUUAUCUUUUAAGGGCCCUGCCAACUCUGACUCUCUCGGUCUAUAGCCCUGAAUGCAGUAACACUUAGGAGAGGUCAGAGUAUAUUUCUUGUAAUUCCAACACCCCCACGAAGUAGAUACUACUGCUCUCCCCAUUUUACAGAAGAGGCUGCUGAAGAGGGUAAUAACUUACCCAAGGGCAGGAAGCCCACAGAGAAGCAUGACCUUGAUGGAGAACCUAGGACAAGGAAAUUUCCAUGAGACAGACAGAGACGUAGAAUUCUGGGGACUUCCCAGCAGGGGGAUUGAUUUGGAGCUGGGGCUGAUGUUUAUUGCAUGUGCACCAUGCCUCCCCACCACUCCCUUGCAUCGGAUCAGCUCACUGGAUCCCCGAACCCUACCAGGUCGUGUUCUUCCUCCCUGUUUCAAAGAUGAUGACACUGAAGACCAGAAAAAUUAAGCCAUUUGCUCAAGGUCCCAUCGCUGGUGAGCUGGAACUGGAACCAGAGAAAUAUGUCUGUAGCGUCCUCAUUUCUUACAAAUGAGCAGUUUUGUUGAAGUAGAACAUAUACAUAGAAAAAUGCAUAGAUCAUGAGCACAGAGCUCAGUGAAUUCUCACAAAGUGAACACACUCAUCUAACACACCACCCAGAUCAGGAAAUAGAACAUGAUCGGCACCUAGCAGCUCCUCACCCUUUCCUGGUCGUCAUACACUCCCCAAGAUGGAGAAACUGAGCUAUCUGCAACCACUUAGAAACUGCCUUGAGGCCUGUGUCAGCGUGAUGGAAGCGGAAUUCUAACCCAGAUCCUCGGCGUUGGCUGUUUGCAACAUCCCCUGCCUCACUGUCAGCCGAGCCUGGAUUUCUGCUGUGAAACUCGGGAACACAUUAGAGGUUCAGGGAUGUUUGCGUGAACAAAUAUCCCGGGCCCUCACUGGUGCAGUGCUUCCUCUCAAAAGCCUUAUGGCAGCCCUUCUAGGGGACCCAUCUACUCCAGAGGGCUCUUCCUCCAGCCACAUGAGCUUCUGGGUUGCUUUUCAGGAUCUCCAGCAGAGUCCCACCUCAUAGUCUUUGUACUUGCUCUUCCCUCUGCUGGGAGCAGCAUCUCUUCCCCCAGGUACCUGCCUGGCAUUCUCUUUCACUGUUCCAGUGGCACCUCCUGAGCAAGGCUUCCCCCAACCCUGACUCCCUACCUGCACCCCUAUCUAAAUAACACAAUCCGUGCUCUCUCCUUCCACUCCCUUUUUCUUGGAGUGUUUAUUACACUUGACCCCAUAUUCUAUAUAUGUAUUUGUUUAUUAUCUGUCUCCUUCCACUAGAGCAUAUGUACCAUGAGGCAAAAUGCCGUUUUGGUUGCUGCUUUUUUCCCAGGGCCCAGAUGUACGUGGCACACAGUAGGCAAUAAAUCUUGAGUGGAAAGAGGAAUUAAUCAGCACAGAACUUCACCAAGAUACAAGUGGCCUCCAUGAAGGAAGGAUAAGUAGAAUUUAAAUUCACCGCUUUGCUAACAGUGGCAGUGCCUGGACUUUAGCCAGAGUCUGGUCUUUAGCUGAGACAAAGACCGGAGGUUGGGCGGAGGGGCCAAACCCAGUGGGGCAGCUCAUCUGUUAGCCAGCAAGUCAGGGAUCCCUCUCCUGCCCCUCUCUGACUGCUAAUGUGACCCUCCCCCAAUGUCCCCAGACAGCCAAGGUGCCCCGCCUUAGAGCAUCAGAGAGGAGAACCAGCCGCAUAUUGUCAGAGGUGACAAUAGGGCUCCUGUGUGCCGCGGGUGGUUGGAGAGGGCAUGGACUCAGGCAAAUGAGCUGGGGUGCCCACAGAUAUAGAGGCGUACGGGUGGUCGGGGCUCUGCUUCCACAUCAGUGCUCGCUAGAAUGGGGGGCCACCUGAGGCAGUUCAGCCUGGUCAGGGGGCCCGAGGGGGCCGGGGACAGCCAGGCCCCGGCUAAGCUGCAGGAGCUGGCCCUGAUGUGGUUCACGGAGACGCAGGCCCCCCUCAUUUUGCAAAAUGGAGCCCUGCCCCCCUGGUUUCACGGAUUCAUCACCCGCAAGCAGACAGAGCAGCUGCUCAGGGACAAAGCUCUUGGCUCCUUCCUCAUCCGCCUCAGAGACUGGGCCACCGGCUACAUCUUGUCCUACAGGGGCAGUGACUGCUGCCGGCAUUUUGUCAUCAACCAGCUCCAAAACCGGCGCUACCUCAUCUCAGGGGACACCCAGAGCCACGGCACCCUGGCUGAGCUCGUGCGCCAUUACCAGGAGGUGCAGUUUGAGCCCUUCGGGGACACCCUGGCUGCUGCCUGCCCCCGGCUAGAGAACAGUAAUCUAUAUGACGCCAUCACCCUGGGCCUCCAUCAGACCAAUCUGGGCCUGGAAAACCCGCCUGCUGCAGUGUCCCCCACGGUGGUCCCAGACAAGGCUGCCAGCUCCUGUCCCUCUCCAAAGCCCCAGGUCUCCUUCCUCUACAAAAAGAAGAGCCUGGAUGCAAGUCCCUGGAACCUCCCCAAGGAAGAAAGCAUGGAGGCCCCCGUCAAGGUGCCUCCCCUCCCGGAGAGGAGUGCUUCCCUUCUGGACGAGUCUUUUGGAGGCCCCCACAACAUCAUCUGUGCAGAUCUGAGAAGGAUGAACCAGGCACGGCUAGGCCGGGACACAGAUGUGUCUGGCAGGCAGGGGCCAGUCCCAGCCAGCAGCCAGGCCUUCUCCCCAGGCAAGGAGGCCCUGAGGAGACUCUCAGAUGGAAGCCAGAACAAGCCUGAUGGCCCGGGACCUGCCCUCUCUGGGGUGAGCCCAGACCAGGGCCCUAGAGUGUCUCCCACUUCUUGGGGCCUUCUCCUGCCCCCCGGCUCUGAGGCUCUAGGAUCCUCAGCUGCUACCUGGAGUCAGGGGUCUCCAAAACGGAGCCGUUCUGCAGACAUCCAUGAGCUCAUCCGGGCAGAAGGCCUCCUAGAGGAGGCCAGGGACGUGCCAGACCAAGGAGGCAGCAGUACCUACGAGCAGAUCACAGUCUGCUGGGGUGGCCCAGCCAGGCCCCCCUAUGCUGGAGCAAGUCCCCCAUAUAGCAAGCUUUCAGGGUCCACAGACUGUGGCUAUGAGAGGAUAUUGGGGGCCCCGGAGCUCCCAGAGCCCAGGAACGCCUAUGAACAAAUCCCGGCAGCCAGGAGCAAGGAGACUGGAUGGACACAUAAGCCUGACGAGCUCCAGAGGCUCUUCUUCACAGACAAGAAGCACAAAUCCUGAGGAGGCCUGGCUUUCUGAAGCUCACCAGCGGGUUCCCCGGUAUCUGGGCUAUGCCAGGGCUUACUGGGAAGCUCUCAGCUUGCUUGAAGGCACCCCUUGCACCCUCAGAUCGAACCAGCCUGCUCUGGAACAAGGCUCCGAGACAGCCUAGGGGACAGGAUGGGAGGGGACCUUCCAGCUGCCUGCAGCUCAGGGCUGUGCCCUGCUUCCCCAGUGCCUCCCACCCAUCCAGAGGAAAUCAAGGCCCGAGAAGAGUGGGGACUGGCCAAAGGCCACCCGCAUUUCCAAGGUGAGCAGGCUGGGCCUGGACGGAUUGGCCGUGCUGACCUCCCACCACUGAACACUUACUGAGCGUGGGGCAGGCCCUGUGGCAGCGCUGGCAUUUUCCUGACUGACCGAGUGAUGUCAUUCAGUUGCUCUUGAGACCAACCAGUGCCCCUCCUCGUGGCCCCAUCAGCAGAAAGGAGGGAGGGCCCAGGGCCACAUCCCUGCUCCUGCCCCAGGGGGGUUGGGGCAAGAAACCAGGGAAGUAGCAGCAAAGCCCCGUCCUCGGAGGUGAUGGUUCUGACCCUGGGGCACCUGGGCUCCCAGGGACCAUCCCCUCAGCCCCUCUCUGCCCCCACCUUCAUCCCAGCCUCAUAAUGCAAGCUGGGCAGACCCGGUCUGACCCUUUUUGCUGCAGAUCGGGGAGACGGAGACCCGGAGAGGAGCAGCCACCUGCCAGUCGGUCAGCCUGGGCAUUGCUGGUCGGUUUCUGGAGCCAGCCAGUGGGUACUUGCUGGCGUCCCUAUCUGACCAGGUCACCCUCAUCUGCCCUCUGCCUCCAGCCAGCCUUGGCCUUUAGGGGUGGCUCUCAGACCCCUCCCAUGAGACCCAGACCCCACCUGGUGGCCCUUAGGCCUUGCCCAGGCAUCAGCUCUACACAUGGGGCCCUCAGGCCUCUCACUACAGCCAUUCCCUCAGGUCAGCCUGGCUCCUCUGUCCCCUUCCCUUGGGAUCCCACUCCCCCUCAUACCCAUGUGUCCCCACCUCCAUAAGGGUGAGUAAUUGGGCUGCUGCCCCCUGCCCACUGCCCCCAGGCAACUAACCCUCCCCAGAGAGAACACCGCAGCCCACCUCGGGCCCCCUCCCUGGGCAGAGUUGGCUCAGUUCACAUUUGUGGGGAAAACCUACCCACAGUGGCCUCUUGGCUAUGCAGCGUCUCGCUCUGAGAAGCGGGGCUCUAAGAGUCCCUACCUCCCAGGGGGGUUGUAGGGACUGAGAGUAAAUGAGCAGCCUGCUCAAGGCUGUACGGUUGGUCGCCCCUCCUAAGGCAGGCCCAAGCCUGGCUGGCCGCCUGGGUCAGCCUGGGCGCUGCUGGGCAGUUUUGGGAGCCAGCCAGUGGGUGCUUGCUGGCCAGCCCUAUGUGAUCUGUUCACCCUGUACCUGAUACAUGGUCCGUACUCCAUAAAUCUUCACCGGAAUGACUAUCACUAUGAGGGAAAUGGAAACGGUUUUCACCCAACACCUCUUCACGG